AUGACAGGAAAAGUAAAUGAAUAUAAAAUAAAUAAUCUCACUUCGUAUACCACAUAUGAAAUUUCCGUAGCUGCUGGAAAUGUCCAUGGUUUUGGUGAAGAGACUAUCGCUUCGUUCUUAACUACAUCUGAAGGUGAGUGUUAAAAAUAUAUAUUGGAUGUCUUUUUAGGCUAUAUAGUCGUUUUCCAGUUUGUUUAUAUGGGAAACGUUGUUGCCACCAGCGAAAAGAAAAAGUGAAAAACACAGAAGAAACUUGCUCUGAACGUAUCUUAUAAUACAGUGCUACAGUGCUAUAUAAGCUAUUAAUAUUAAAUUCUCUCAAGAAGCCCCUAUAUUUCUUUAAUAUAAGAAAUGUGGCAACGUUUACCAUACUUUGCUUUGUUACUUUGGUUUAAGUAAAUAAAUGUAAUCCUCGAACAAAUUGACAAUCACUCCCGAACGUUUCGAUACUCCAUUCUAGCAUCUUACGCGUUAACGAGGCCCGACUCGAUUCAAAUAUUUCUGAUAGUAUAUGAUUGACCUUGAUGGCUAUGAUACUUGCGUAGCUCAAUCAACUAUUAAAUAAGUAAAGAUCUUAUCCACUCUGAAUUGAAGGCUGUUUGUGUGGAAAUUAGGAAGCCACAUGCAAACCUGGAAAGAGUGUUCAAUGUUCCUCGGAUCCUGAAUUUUCCUUUUUCAAAUGUUCCUCACUUAUAUUGGUUGUAAAAUUGCUGAGGAAACAAAACAAUCUUCAAAUUCUAUUAACAGGAUAUGAAGAACACUUCGCAAUCUCAAAAUAAAGUCAAAUAGCAGAUAACUAAACAUGAUUCUUUAAAAUUCUCCCUCAUAGAACGCGUGAAAAAUUCAAAAUGUUUUUCAAUCUUGUUGCUAGGCAAAUGUUCCUCAGGAUCUAGGAUCCCGAGAUCCCACUUUUUUCUAGGUUUGGCCACAAAGUCGGCCAUUUUUGGUUACAACUAUUUGUCGACCACCAAAUUAAUCACAUGAUUUCUUUGAAAAUUUUGAAAAAUUAAUCUGAAAGCGAUUGAUGAUGAAAAUAAAGAAAUGUAUAUUCUUGGUGAUUUAAAUUGUGACAUGCUUAAAACAGAAUUCGAUACACCAACCAAGAAAAUAAAGUCACUGUAUGAACUAUAUCAAUUGUCACAAUUAAUUAAGGACCAUUAGACAAGGCUACUCGGGUAACCAUUGCAACCUCCAGCCUCAUUGAUCAUACAGUCACUAAUAUACCAAAGAAAAUCUCAGAUUCUGAUGUCAUUCAUACAGGAAUCAGUGAUCAUAGUUUGGUAUUUGCCAUCAGAAAAAUCCAUAUUUCUAAGAAACAAGAUGAAAACAUAGUGGAAAUUAGAAAUAUGAAAAAAUUUGAUGACAAAAAAUUUGUUGAAGAUUUGCUUAAUCAGCAUUGGGAAUAUGUAUACUUCCUUCGCAGAUAAUCCAAACACUACGUGGGAGAUUUGGAAGAAAUUGUUCGAGGAAGUACUAAAUAAGCAUGCACCCAUUCAACAAAAAAAGACCAGAUAAAAAAGUCCCUUGAAUUACUAGUGAAAUCAAAAAGCUUAUAAAAUAAGAGGGAUAGAUCUAAGGGAAAAGCCAUUGUGAAAACCUUGAAGCAGAUUCGUUAGUGUAUAAACAAACCAGAAAUAAAGUAAACAUAGAAAUGAAAAAAGCCAAAAAGGAUUAUUACUCCAAGAGAAUUGCUGGUCAUCAACAAAAUCUAAAGGAGGCUUGGAAAACAAUAAACAACUUGCUAAACAGACAAAACAAACCAACAAAAGUAAAUGAGUUAAAUAUAAGUGGAAAUAAUUUAACAAAUUCUGAAGACUUUGCAGAGGGCUUUAACGAAUUCUUUUCAAAUAUUUGGCCUUACUUAGCUAGCAAAAUUGAUACUUCAAAUUAGAAUUUUCAAGGAUAUAUUAAAAAACCUAAAUCAGAAUUCACAGCAUUUGAGUCAAUUGCCACCAACAAAGUUUCCAUCUCCAACGUGGCCUUUAUAGUGCAAAAGUCAAAAUUGUUGACUAAAAUGGAUCCUAAAUCAUGCACUUAUACUGAUUUAUUUACUUUCAAAAGUGAAAUAACAAAUUAUAAACUUCGAGAUGUUGAAAAUACUCUUUGCUUACCACAUCCCCGUACAAAUAGCUUGAAAAAAAGUUUCAUGUUUGACGGGGCACACAUUUGGAAUUCUUUACCAACCGAAAUUAGAGAGAGCAACUCCACCAUGUCCUUUGAAACUAAAAUCGCUACUCACAUUUUUGAAUAGCAUUACUAUUUUUAUACCUAUAUAUAUAUAUAUUUCUUACUAUAAGUAAUAUCUUACUAUAUGCUAUAUCUUUGUAAUGUUAUUAUUGUACACGCCCCUUGUGGAAAUCAUGCAACCUAGGUUGAGAAUGGUUAGCGUGUUUAAAUAAAAGUUUCUAUCUAUCUCAUUUCAAAAUUAUAUUUUGUGCUCUUUCCCCUAGCUUUGUUACCAGGCAAACCGACAAACCUCACCGUCAUUGACAUCACGUCUAGAAGUGUUGAAAUAUUUUGGCUAGAUCCUAAAGAACCAGGAAGAUUUGGUAUUUCACGAUUUUGGAUUAAACUGAAGAAAGAAAACUCACUAAUCCUAAACGUUACCAUAGGAAAAGUCAAUAAAUAUAAGAUAGAUAAUCUCAAUUCGUAUUCUAUACAUGCAAUAUCCGUAGCUGCCGGGAAUAUCAUUGGUUUUGGUGAAGAGAGUACUACAUUGUUCUCAACUACGUCUGAAG